AUGAAAAAUAAAGUCUUGACGUCAAUUUUAAUUUUCCUGAUGACUCUGAGCCCCUUAUCAUGCACGUGGGAAUGGAGUUUUCUUGGCUUUCUUGAUCCACUUUCGUCAUCAUAUUCGUCAUCAAAUAAUGGAAGAUACAAUCGAUACAUCAAUCGAUACAAUAAUGGACAAGGCUACUACAAUGGAAGAUAUAACAACAACAACUAUGUCAGACGAAAUGGAUUGAAUUAUGGACUAAGUUUCUUCAACUUUCCAACAGCUAAUAACAGAUAUAACAACAGAUACAAUGGAAGACUGGGAAACGGUUACAAGAGAAGAUAUUCAUCGGAGGAUUAUUACGGAAAUUAUUAUUAUGAUCCUGUAAGAAGAACAGAUUAUAGUUUUUAUUAUUAUGAUUUUGAUAAUUUCAAUCGCAAAGAUUUAAUACAAAGUCAAUACACAAAUCCUAUCAGAAUUCUAGUUUACUGUCAAAAUUCAACCACAAUGGACAUUUCGAGACUCAAAACUGAUUUAGUCAGUCCACCUUAUUACUAUUUCAUAAUUUAUGAUGAUGAAUUAAAACUUUUCACAUUUGAAAAUCGAAAUAAUUUAAAAAUUUGUCAUGAAGUGCAGCAGCUAGUCCAAAUAAAUGAAUUUUCAAUUAAAUCACAAGAUUGGAUCAAUAAAUCAAUAUUUCCAAAGAAAUAUCUAAAUUUUCAUGGAUGUGAAAUGAAAUUAGGAGUCUUUUAUACUGCUAAUAAUUUCCUUCGAUUAGUUGACGAUCACGGGAAUAUAAUUUCAAUAACAAGCAAUGUAGAUGGACCGCUUGGAAAUUUCAUGAAUGAUGUGGCGGAGCGAUUAAAUUUCUCAAUAACUUAUGUUGCUUGUCUGUCAAGAAAUUGUUAUGAUAUUGUCAAAAUUUACUAUCUUUAUAAUGUUAUUCACACAACUACACUUGAUGGAUAUAGUUUUGGUAAUAAAGCCUCAUCGAAAUGGAACAAUAUAAUGCUAAAUAUUCAGUGCUCUCCUCAACUUUAUGUCCCGCCAGGGGACCUGUACACAUCAUUUGAGAAAAUUGUUUUACCUUUUGAUUCUGAAACAUGGAUAAGCAUUGGAAUAACAUUACUAGUUGCAAUUCUUACAACUUUUGUCAUUAGAAGAACAAAAUUUCAGCGCUUGUUUUCCAGUGCAUCAAAGCAUUCAUCAUUUUUCGACAUUUAUUGUAUUGUCUUUGGAAUUGGACAGACAAAACAGCCGUACAGGAAUUUUGGAAGAAUAAUUUUGACAUCAUUUGUUCUUUGGUGUUUGGUGAUUCGAACAGCAUAUCAAGGCAAAUUGUUUGAAUUUACAACAUCUGCCAUUCGAAAGCCAGAGAUGAAAACAUUGGAGGAAGUUGAAUCUGGAAAUGUUGUACUUUAUAUCCCAAAUGAUGCAUCAGAAGGAAUGUUGAACUAUAUUUCGGGGAUUAUUGAUCUAGACAUUGCUAUGAUUCCAAUCAACGAAUACACAGCACUUUAUUUUGAUAACCUCACAAAUCCAUCAUUUCCUGGUGCAAUCCUUACAUGUGAUGUCGAGCAUAGCUUAAAUACGUAUUACAUCCAAGCUCCAAUACCUAAAAGAUUCGUCCCAAUUCCAAUCACUAAAUCAUAUUAUGCUGUUGGAUUCGCAUACUCAAAUUUAUGGAAUGAAAGACUCAACGAAAUUAUUGAAGGACUUAUAACGGGAGGAAUUAUUAAUUUCCAUUUGGAUAAAUACACAAAAUCUAAAUGGAAUUUGAUGGGUCAAAAAUCAGAAUCAGAAAAGGUUGUGCUAAGUUUAAGUCAUCUUGGUUUUGGAUUUCAAAUUUGCUUUUUCGCACUUUUUGCUGCAUUUUUGGUGUUUUGUGUAGAACUGGCUGUUAAAAGGAGGUUUGAAAAUCCAAAGAUCAGCAUAUCAACCAACGAACAUGUCAAGGUUGAAACGGAAAAUGUUUUAGUUGUGGCCGCUUCAGGAGUUUUGAGAAAAGAUUCUAGCAAAGCUCUGUCUCAAAUGCCAGAGUUUAGGUCUUCUGAACCAGUAAUACUUGGUUCAAUCCAAGACGAAGGCUUAAUUAAUUCGAAAAAUAGAACAACUGAAAAUAAUCCUGCAGAACCUGAAAACGAAUUAUUACCUGAUCUUACAUUGAUGGAAUAA